AUGAUAAUUACUGUCUAUGUUUGCUAUAUAAGCUUACUGUCUAUGUUUAGUAUCCAUGAUUACUGUCUGUAUUUACUGUCCAUGUUCACUGUCCAUGUUUACUGUGCAUGUUUACUGUCCAUGUUUACUGUCCAUGUUUGCUGUGCAUGUUUGCUGUGCAUGUUUACUGUGCAUGUUUACUGUCCAUGUUUACUGUACAUGUUUACUGUCCAUGUUUACUGUCCGUGUUUACUGUCCAUGUUUACUGUACAUGUUUACUGUCCAUGUUUACUGUACAUGUUUACUGUCCAUGUUUACUGUACAUGUUUACUGUCCAUGUUUGCUGUGCAUGUUCGCUGUGCAUGUUUACUGUCCAUGUUUACUGUCCAUGUUUGCUGUGCAUGUUUACUGUACAUGUUUGCUGUGCAUGUUUACUGUGCAUGUUUACUGUGCAUGUUUACUGUGCAUGUUUACUGUCCAUGUUUACUGUCUUGUUUCUGGGCUGUCUGUGACAUCAUUGUGUUCUCCUUGUCUACUUUCUGGUUAUUGACCGUGUGUGUUCCGGGGAGUGGAAAAGAGAACAGAACACUGCCUGCAUAA